AUGCAAGGUUUUCACUCCAUCUUCUCUGUGCUGAUGGCCUGUUGUGUCCUCUUGAGCAGCAAUUCUCCUCUGGUGUAUGCUCAAGAUGCGGAAACACAAAAUCAACAAGCGCAUCAACCAGAGCAAAAUCAGCAGAAGAAUCACCUGAGAAAACGAGAGUUGCAAUCCGUCCAACAAGCCUUGAACGACGCCAAGGCCAAAUGGGCUUCCUUCGCCAUUAAUGAAUACAUUUAUCACAUCAGAACCGAAGAUUUCUUUUACGCCGUCACCUUUGCCUGUCGGGUCACGAGCGAUCAAGUCCGCGAUUUGGAUUCCAGCUUGGAAGUGACUUCCAACUCGACGCUCAACUUGCCCAAUCUCAGUCCACCCACGGUCAAUGGCUUCUUUGAUGACAUUCAAAAGGCCAUUCGAUCCAACAAGAACCCUUCCAUUCAAGUGACGUACGAUGCCACCUAUGGAUAUCCCAAGAUUGUCAAUUUGGAUUAUGGACAAGCGGCGCCUGGUUUCUUCUUUUUGACCGAUACCAUUCGGGCCACGGUGGAGACCAUGAUUCCAGUCACCUUGGAAAUGCGACGAAUCACGGCGGCUAGAUUGCGAUUCAAUGCCUAUCUCUACGAUUCGUGGGAUGCUACGUAUCAACAGGGUCAGAAUUAUCGAGUCCAAGUGCGCUCCAAAGUCAUUACCAGUGUCCGGGAUGAAAGCAAUCGUGAUGUGACUUCCUCUUUCAAUGGGAACGCCAAUCUUCGCAAUCGAGUGACCAUUGCCAACUCGUUUACCGAAGUGAGAUCCAUUCUGGAUACCAAAAAGCCAAAGACCUUUAGCGUGGCCUAUCACCCCACCGAUGGAUACAUUACAUCCCUAUCGGCUACUUUUGCAUCGUAUACCAACGAUGGAGGCAAUGUUAUCUAUUCCAUUAUCAAUUUACAACAGCAGGGAACGGCAAGGCCAAUCCCACCCACUGGAUUGCCAUCGGCUUCGCCCUCCACGGAGCCACCUUCGGAUCCCCCGACACCGACUCCCAGUGACAUUCCCACACGAACACCAACCCCCUAUCCUUCGUCCGAGCCUUCACUCGCCGACUCGGACCGUCCUACCAAGGGUCCCACCGGAGCUCCUUCGUCUGAGCCUUCAAUCGCCAACUCGGACCGUCCUACCAAGAGUCCCACCGCAGCUCCGUCCGUCGCACCAUCGCGAUUGCCCACCAAGAGCCCCACGACUUCUCCUUCCUCGACGCCCUCCUUCAAUCCCACCAAAACAGCCUGCGUUCCACGCUUUGACAUUUGCACUCCCGGUGUGAGUGAAUGUUGCAACCCCUCGGAUCGGUGUGGUGCCUCCAGCGUGUGUCGUCCCGCCAUCUCCAACCCAAAGGAUGGCCGCGACAAGCUGGCACGGGAUCGAGCCUUUACGGGCAUUCCAUCCCGGAAUGGGGGACGCCGGGGAUUGCAACUGCGAGGAAUGUAA